AUGUGGUCUAAACCACUGAACGAUCAUCUGGCCCAAGUGGGAAGUUCUUUACCUCCCGAGGUCUCUGAGACUUUGAGUCAAUUGACUUUGACUCAAGGCUUUGCCGCAUUCAUUGUCUUGUUCAUUAUAGUACCCAGAGUAUUUGAGCUUCUGCGAAACAUCUUUUCCCCUGUCAGCCGCAUUCCUGGACCUCUCAUCAACAAACUUAGCCCUUGGCCUCUGGAGAUUGCCACAUUCAAAGGCAAAAGUCAUCGUUUUGCUCGUGCUCUUCACCAAAAGUAUGGCCCAAUCGUUGUUCUCGCUCCCAACAUGAUCUCUGUUGGUGACGCCAGUGAGAUCAAACGCAUCAUCCAAAAUGAGGACUGGGUCAAAUCUGAAGCCAUCUAUGGCAACUUCAGACAAGACCCGCACCGUCCAACACUUUUGGCCUUUACCGAGAAGAAAGCCUACUCUCGACGCAAGCGUAUGCUAUCUUCCAUGUUUGGUAUCCGUUACAUUCGUAGCCUCGAACCUCUCAUGAAGUCGUGCGUUGAUGCUGGUGUUGCUCAUCUUGACAAACUCUGCGAUAACUCCAACAACAGCACCGUCAUCAAUCUCCAACACUUCAUUCAUGGUUUGGCUAUUGACACCAUCGGUGCUACUACCUUUGGUGGCAGCUUCAACGUCGUUGAGAACGGAAGCCAUCCUCUCCCGUCUCGUCUCAAGGCUGGAAUGAAGAUCUCAGCCGUGAUGCAGCUCAUCUCAUGGAUCAAGUACAUCCCUUUCCUCCCCAAGCGGGAUCCUUAUAUCGAGGAGUUCACAUUCAACAUUGUCGACAAGCGCCGCAAGGAGUCUGGAGACGUUAAGCAUCAAGACUUACUUCAGCAUCUUGUCGAUGUCAGCGAUGACUCUCCUGGCUCUGAGUUCCGCACCUCCGAUGUACAGGAUGAGAGCGUCAUUCUUUUGGCAGCUGGGAGCGAGACAACUGCCAACGCCGAACUCUUCACCAUCAUGCAGCUUCUCAAACACCCAAAGGUUAUGGAGAAGCUGGUUGAAGAAGUCGACAAAUGGUACCCUCCUAGCGAGCCUGACCGCGUGACCGAAUGUGCCUACUCUCAAGCCGGAAUGACCUACCUGCAAGCUUGUAUCGACGAGACCAUGCGUCUAAUUCCAGGCCAAGCCACGGGAAGCCCGCGCGACGCAUCCAAGCAGGAAACGGUGCUUGGAUACCGCAUCCCCAAGGGUACUACUGUGUUUCCUAACACCCAAGAGGCACACCUCAACCCUGAUAACUGGAAGAGCCCUGACAAGUUCAUUCCAGAGCGUUGGCUCGACAUUUACUCGCAGAAUCAGACAUCUUCAGUGCCUUACUGGCCAUUUUCAGCCGGUAGUCGUAUUUGUGUUGGCAAGCAUUUUGCUUUUCAGGAGAUGCACAUUUCUCUUACAACUCUUCUCCGCAAGUUCAGCUUUGAAUAUGUUCCAGGACAAGAUGAGACGACUGUUUUUCGCAUCGCGCAGCAGUUACAGGCAAAUUCUUAUGAUGUCAAGGUAAAGAAGAGAUUCUAG